AUGUCUACCGCUCAGGAACAAAAUGCGUCGACGAUGGAGAUGAAGGCUGAGAAUGGCACCCAUGGUGUCGACCAUGCCGCGAAGCAGCGCAAGCCAUACGACUAUGGUGGAAACCCACUUGCGCAUAUCAACACUGGCGACUCUGUCCGACUUCCUGCCUUCGGUGGUGAGUUUCAGCCUGGUCUUUACAAGUCGACUGAGGGCCGCAAGUUUGCCAACCCGGCUCCUCUCGGACUGAGCGCUUUCGCCCUUACCACCUUCCUCUUGUCUCUGAUCAACAUGGGCACCCGUGGUAUUACUGGUCCUUCUCUCGUCAUCGGUGCCGCUUUCGCCUACGGUGGUCUCGUCCAGCUGCUUGCCGGCAUGUGGGAAAUGGCUGUUGGCAACACUUUCGGUGCUACUGCGCUCUCGUCGUAUGGUGGCUUCUGGAUUGCUGUCGCUAUCAUUCUCACUCCCGGAGGCUUUGAGAUUGUCUCGAGCUUGACUGCAGCGGACGGCAGUGAAGUCGCAUUUUUGGACUCCUUUGGUCUCUUCUUGAUGGGCUGGUUCAUCUUCACCACCCUCCUGCUCAUCUGCACACUGAGAUCCACAGUGGCCUUCUUCUUGCUUUUCUUCACCCUUGACAUGGCUUUCCUCUUGCUCGGCAUUGGUUACCUGCUCAACGGUUCUGGCGCGCCCAAUGGUCCAUGCAUCACGGCCGGUGGUGUCUUCGGUAUCCUCGCCGCUUUCCUUGCUUGGUACAACGCCCUCGCCGGUAUUGCCGACCCAAGCAACUCGUUCUUCCUCAUUCCAGUCGCCCAUUUCCCGUGGUCCGACAAGGGCCGUGAGAUGCGCAGCAAGGUUGACAACAUGGAUGCUCGCAACGUGCAGAGUGUAUAA